GUUAUAACCGGAAGUUGUUACACCAUUGUUGCUAGAGGAGACAGAUCGUCUGAAGCAGGGGGAAACUAGACUAAAGGAAGGCAUUUUAUACCACAGAGGAGGGCAGUGAUACCAUGUGGAAGUCACAUGAACGACGAGGAUGAGGCAUAAACAAGAGGGCAGCCUGACGACUGAGCCGCUGCAACACAGUGACAGCCAACAGGAGGAGGGGGGGCUGGUGCCUGUGCAAAGCUCCCACACACAAAUAGCCCUCCUUUGGCUCCCUUUUUUUUAAAAUCCUUGAACUAUCAUUAGGAUGAACAGCACUACAACUCAGCCCCCUGCCCACAAAGAUGGAGAUGUGGCGGUGAGCUAUGUGCUGGUACCAAUCCUCCUUAUAACUAUUGCUGGAAUAGCUACAGCUUUGAUUAUAUAUCUGCGUAGGAAAAGAAGAAUCGACAGACUCCGGCAUCAACUGUUACCAGUUUACACCUACGAUCCUGCAGAGGAGCUUCAUGAGGCCGAACAGGAGCUUUUGUGGAGAGAGGAGGACACGAGGGUGGUGCAAGGCUGGGCAAGAAGCUACCAACAGCAACAGCCUCUUCUGACCAAAGAUAUGACUGCUUGAUGACAGCAAACUCAGGAACAAGAUGUUGAAGAGCAAAAGACUACCUUCAGAUUCAAAGAUUGGCCUUUCUUUUAAUUCAUCUAUCAUUAUGCACUGUUUUGCUCCUGUUGCCAUGUUCUCUGACUAAAAUGGUGAUAUGAGAGCUAAAGAGAUGAAGUACCUGUGACUUAUUUAUUUAAAAUUAUUUAUUCAGACACAUCAUCUUUUUUUCUGUUGUAUCUGUGGCACCAAAGUCCAGGAAAGUAGAAGAUGAAGAAGUCUCUUGUGCAUUUGGUGCUUUGUUUACAUUCUUAAUGCUGUUGUGGGCAGCUUGUGGCAAGCAGGCUUGUUCCUGUGGGUAGCAGUAGGCAUCUGUACUGAUCAUAACUUGCUGCCUGCGUUCACUGUGGUGAUGCUGUGAAUGUUGUGUACUAGUUAACCACCCAUGCUCCUGUAUGCCAUUUGCAGGAGUUGUUUGCAGUGCAUUAGUGGCAACUUUGAUGAAAUGACUUCACAAGUAUCAUAGAAGUACAAUGCCUGUGUAUUGAUCAGAUAAAAACGAGCUACUAAGUGUUAAGCUGGUUUUAUUUCAGUUUUGUUUUAAAUCAAAGGUUUGAACAUUGUCCUUUCAUUUUGUUGCUUUGAAUGCCUUGGAAUGCACUUUUUUUUUCUUUCCUCUCUUUGCCAAAUCCUGUGACUCCUUAGGAGUGAUUCAGAAGCAAAUAAUACCAGCUUCCUCCCAGCUCUUAGAUGAGUUGUGACUAGAUCUGAAACUAUGUCCUGUCUUUAAGGCAUGGCACCAGAAAAUUACCUUCUAAAAUGAAUAAUCUCAGAUGAAUUCCAUACAUGUUUCCAGCACUCAGGAAACCUAAACCAGAUAUAUUUUUUGCCUUUGCAUUAGUUGAAUGUAACUGAACUGUGGGCAUGUCCAUGUUUAUGCUAAGCUUCAAAGUUCUUGGUCUUUACAUUUUUUUGUUUUCUAUGCUUGGUAGGUUUCCAUUUUAUAACUAAGGAAUCUUAUUUUAUUAGGACUGUCUUUUUCAUUUAUUUCUCAUUUAAGGCAUCCUAAUUAAUGCUGUAAAUCUUUUCCUCUUUGAACGUUGCACAGGUCCAUCUCAGUAGAAUAUUAUGGAAUAUUUUGGCAUUUCUGUUAAAGUGAAACCGAUAUAGCUUGGUAGAUUUAAUUUCCACUCGUGGCCCAUAACAGUUUUUAGUUAAAUAGUCAGGCAUCCAUCUUGCUUUUGCUCAGAUGUAAAUUUCGUUACAUAGCAUGGAAUAAUGAGUUACUGGUUUAAAUGCCAUAACAGUAUUUAAGUUAAAGAAACUGGCUUUCAAAACCACAUGCAGUUAGAGCACUUAUGUCCCUGGCCCAAGGAAAUGCACCAGGUAGGGUAGCAUAUUUAAUCAGUUAAGAGCUACAUUUUUUUUUGCAGUACCUUUAGACUUAAAUUUAAGGCUUUAAGGAUUGCUGCCAAAGAAACUGGUCACUAAUUUUGUCAUAAAGAUCAAAUGGAAGGAGUACCUGUUAGUUUUUAAUAACCGCAAGCCAUAUGGAGGUUGAAUGCUAACAGUACAAUCUUUCAGGAUUAUCUGAUGGUCCAAAUCAGUGUGAUACACCUGUACAUAUGUUUAAGAGUGUUUUAAAUAAAGUUAUAAAACUGUUCCUUUAAACAGAACUCAUUAGGGGGGAAUGCAUACAAUAAACAAGACAAAAUGACAAAGAAAGUUCAUUUUAUUGUCCAUUUUUGAUACAAAUUGUAGGGCACCAUAGAAAUAUAGACAUUGUACAUUUAUAUAGGUGUACAUUAAAAAGAAUGAUCCCAUCCUAUUGAGUUUACAGUAUAUAAAUCAAAUGCAUGAUUAACGAGAAAUGACUAGAUAGUCGUAUUUGGAAGGGAACAAACAGACAUGAAGAGACUGUACGACUUGAAUGAACAUGGUAAGAGCGGCUGUUUGCAUUAAUGCAGAAUGCAGCGCCUGACUGAACAGUGAAGAAUGUCUAGUCUACGCAAACUUGCAUUUGUCCAUGAAAAACCCACAUUUCAGUGCAGAAGUUAAAAAAAAACAAAAAACACACCGGCUAGUCUACCACAGUCAGCGAACACAAUCGUUGAGCCGACAGGUCUCCCUGACUUGCUUCACACAUGAACCUGUCUGCAAAGUCUGGCGCACAGCUUCACUUUAGACCUAGUCAACUUGUACAUACAAAGAAACCUUUUCAGCUCAUGUCAGAGUUUACAUUUAAAAUAGAGAAUAAACCUGUGAAAUUCAAUCAUAAGGUGAAGUAAGCUGUUAAACUGAGGUAUGAGUCCAGGCUUUGUAUAGCCUGUUUGCAGUUUUCCGGGGUUCUGUAACUGAGGUUGUAGCAGCUUAGGUGUGUGAGGAAAAACAAACCAAGAAAAAAAAAAAAAA